AAGGGUGGGGCGGGUGAAUAACUUGCGAGAAAAGGACAGAGCCGGGUAUUCCAAAUUCGAGGCUGAAACGAGUGCGAGGAAGACGAAGCUAGCAGUCGAAAAGGGGAGGUUUCUCGUUUCCGGCUGUCAACGACUAGACGCUGUUAACUGCUAGGUGUUUAUACGUGUUUUUACUACAAAUAUUAUCGAGGAAUAAAGGACACGGUGCGGUUCCACAUCUCGCGAUCAAGAAAGACGGACGUUCAUCUUUUGUCAGUAUCAAACGAUCUUACGAGGCCCUAAAAUUAUUACAUGAGUUAAGUGAACAAUCAUUAGGGGAGAACAGAGUAGCGUAAGCAGCGGUUGAAAAAACAUGGCUUGGCGAUUUAAAGCUUCAAAGUACAAAAAUGCUGCGCCGGUUGUGCCGAAGCCUGAGGCCUGCAUCAGAGAUAUUUCCGUCGGAUCUUAUCAGACCUAUGGAAACAAUAUCGCCGCAUCCGCAGCUUUUAUGGCAUUCAACGUCGACCAUAAUGGAUCUAGUCUCGCUGUUCUUCCACUCGACGACUGUGGAAGAAAGAGUAAAACCAUGCCUCUGCUCCACGCACACACUGACACUGUCACAGACAUGGACUUCUCACCCUUUCAUGACGGGCUGCUGGCGACCGGAUCACAGGAUUGUCUUGUGAAGCUGUGGCACAUUCCCGAAGCCGGGCUUGAAGAAUCCCUGUGCAAUCCUGAAUGCACAUUCUCACAUAGGCAGAGAAGAGUCGAGGCUGUGCGGUGGCACCCGACCGCCGAGCAUCUUCUCACCACAGUUUCCUACACGAACCUUUCACUUUGGGAUGUUAUCUCUCAGCAGGAAUUAUUUUCCAACAACGAACAUGCAGAAGUGAUUCAGUCCCUUAGCUGGAAGCAGGAUGGCACGCUGUUGGCAACGUCCUGCAAAGACAAACAGGUCAGAAUCAUCGAUCCUCGAUCAUCUAGAUGUAUCGUCAAUACAUCCCCUAGUCAUCAGAGCAUUAAAGACUCAAGAAUUGUGUGGCUGGGUGACAAGGACAGAAUAUUGACCACAGGGUUUGAUUCUGCCAGACUGCGCCAAGUUUACAUCAGAGACCUGAGGAACUUGAGCGAACCAGUUAAAACACUGGAACUCGACUGCAGCACAGGAAUACUCAUGCCCCUGUUCGACCCUGACACGAACAUGCUUUUCCUAGCUGGGAAAGGUGACACAACAAUUUUGUACAUGGAGGUAACGGAAAGGGAGCCACAUUUAGUCGAGGGUAUCAGACACAGCGGAGAACAGACAAAGGGUGGUUGUCUUGUGCCAAAAAGAGCUCUAAACGUAAUGCAGGCUGAAGUUAACAGACUCUUGCAGCUGACAUCUAACAUGGUUAUUCCGAUAAUGUAUCAAGUGCCAAGAAAAACUUACAGAGAUUUUCAUGCCGAUAUAUAUCCCGAUACAGCCGGUUGUGUCGCACAGAAUACAGCGGCAGCUUGGAUCAAAGGUCACGAUGCCCCAGUGCCAAAAAUAUCGCUUGAUCCUUCGAAAAGGGAAAAGGGCGAGGAUCCUGUAACGGUACACAAAGGAAACUUAACAACGCUGAAAGAAAAUCAUCAAGAAAUACAAGUAGAACAGCCAAAGUCCAGCAAGACUAUUACCAUCACAGCGCCAAAGGGCUACUCCAAAUUACAGUCCGUCGUGCAAGAAAAUGACAAAAAAAUUGAUCUCGAUAUAAGACAGUGCGAAGAGAUAAUACAGAGCGAAAUCGAGGAUGAAGAGUCAAAGAUACAAAACGGCAGCCAAACUAUACCCCCAAAACCACUGCCUAGAGCAUCAAGAGCUAACAGUAUUUCCGAGGAAGAUCCAAAGCCGGUCGCUAGGCCUCGGACAACGCCAAAUCCUGGAUGCGUAGUUACGCCAGUAAAUCCUAAUGCUGUUGGAGGAUAUAAGCCACGCCUUGGGCCAAAACCAUUCCAAGCGAAAUCCGGAAGCCAAGAGUUCUCCUUUGACAAAGUCUUCUCUGUUCCGGUGGCCCCAAACACUGAGAGCAACGGUCAUCCAACUGAUACCAGUUGUUCAGCGGACAGCAAUACCGAAGCUGACAAAUCUCCGACGUCUGAAACUGAGCAGGUGAAAGAGUCGGAAAAUGGUAAAAGCGACAGCAGUUCAAUGGAAGAAGAUGCCAAUUCCAGCGACUCUGGUUACAAACCAAAAACUCCGAGUACAGCAGAGAGGCGUAAAUUAUUUGAAACCAAAGUUAAGGACGAGUCACCGGAGAACGAAGAGUCGGGCAACUUUGAGCGUGGUAACGUCAACAGAAAUUCCAUCGCAGAAAGACGGAGGCUAUACGAAAGUCGUUCAGUUUCUGUUACCGACGGUAACUUGGCCGAAAAGGCUAUGGGCUCUCCGACCCCUCUAAGAAGGCGGGAUUCUUUUAAGGCUAAGAGCGACGUGAUCAAAGAAGACGAAGUCAAAAAGAUCAUCCCGGUGUUGAGACAGCAGAGCAUGGAUCCUCGGCUCGAGAAACCUGAGCCCGUAACGACACCAACACCCAAACGAACUUCCACUGUCUUCGGUCGAGUAUCAAAAUUCAGGCAUCUGAAAGGAACCCCUGGUCACAAAUCGACUCACAUCGAGAACAUAAGAAACAUCAGUCGACAAAUAUCUGGAGAAUGCGACGGCUUUCAUGCUAAUCCUGACCGAGUUGCUGUUCCGUUGAGUGGACCGGGUGGCAAAAUAGCAGUUCUGGAACUCAAGAAAACAGGUCGAUUGGCAGAUGGAGUAAUGCCAGCACUUGUUCACGGCGCAACAGUAAUGGACUUUCAAUGGGAUCCUUUCAACAAUCAACAACUUGCCGUCGCAUGUGAUGACGGAAUGAUAAGGUUGUGGGAGAUUCCUCCGACCGGGCUUGAAGAGCCAACGAACGAGCCGCGCUCAACGAUCGAAGCUCACGCGGACAAAAUCUACUUGAUCAAGUUUCACCCUCUGGCUUCGAAUGUUCUCGCGUCAGCCUCGUACGAUAUGACUGUGAAAAUUUGGGACCUGACUCCCCUUCAGUCUGGCGAAUCUGCAGUUGCCAAAAUAACUCUGACCGGUCACACGGACCAAAUAUUCAGCCUGGCUUGGUCGCCGUGCGGACAGUAUUUAGCCAGUGCCUGCAAAGACGGUAAACUGCGUGUUUAUAAACCGAGGGAUGGAGAUACUCCGAUCAGAGAAGGCAAAGGACCGGUCGGAACAAGAGGCGCUAGAGUCGUAUGGGCCCUGGACGGAAGAUUUCUGGUAGUCAUGGGCUUUGACAAGGUCUCUGAAAGACAGAUAAUCGUCUUUAAGGCGGACAAUCUAAAUUCACCGCUGAAUACAGUCGGUCUCGAUGUAUCACCCGCCAUAUUGAUGCCGUAUUACGACGAGGACAGUUCUACUCUGUUUUUAACUGGUCGAGGCGAUUCAACGAUAUACGCUUUCGAGGUAACGGAAGAAGCUCCUUACUGUUGCCCACUGAGUCACCAUCGUUGCGCAAGUUUACAUCAAGGAUUGUCGUUCCUGCCUAAAAAUCGAUGCGAUGUGACGAUAGUCGAGUUUGCAGCUGCUCUUAGACUAACCAACAAUACAAUAGAGCCUCUUAGUUUCACUGUGCCUCGUAUAAAGAGCGAGUUGUUCCAAGACGACUUAUUUCCUCCUACAAGAGUCACGUGGAGUCCGACAGUCAGUGCAGCUGAAUGGUUCGGCAAAGCGAACAAACAAGCGCCCAGAAUCAGUCUGAAACCGCCAGGAAUGGACAGCUUGACCGAAAGUCAGGGACAAGGCGUUGUCACUGCUCCGGUAUCUGCGAAGCAGUCAACAGCCUCUACAACACCAUUUGUCGGAGCGACGCAACCGUUCAACAGACUGGGAUGGAAUCCAGAUCUGGCUGGUCAGACAAAGGCAAAACAGGAAGAGAUUCAAAAGUCAGUGAGCAACGUUAUGGGAGAUAUUGUACACCGUUCUUUGGAGCAAGAUCACAUGGAAGGAGUCGACGAACGCGAAUGGGACGAGUGAAUGUGACACGCUCGAGACAAAGUGGUAGGUAACUUAAAAUAAGAGUAAGAGGAAUGUAAGGGAUAAAAAACGCACUCAUAAAGUAAUGUCGCAGUAGAGGGAAAAAAAAUAACAUCAACAAUAAUAAUAAUUGAACUGAUGUUUCAUCAAGAUUCGCACAAUUGGUGUAGCUGAUUCACGCAGCAAUUAUAAUAAUACAUACAUACAUACAUGUUAAUAAUCAAAUCGACAACGCCGAUGAAUGUGUGGAAAUUAUGUCGCGUAUGCAUGUUCUAGAUUAAAAAAUUUAAAUUCCCUAACAGCUUUUGUUCUCGCUAGAUACUCCCGAGCCAUAAAUGACAUAUAUUUCCCAACUUCUAACGGUGAUUUAUAUGGAUUCGAUAUAUAUAUAUAUAUAUAUAUAUAUGUGUACAGGGUGGGGCAUUUAAAGUGAGCAGGGCGACUUUCUCACAAACGAAGCAAAAUCUCAAAAAAAGAUUCAAACGAGAGCUGUAGGGUUUGGAAGGGGACGGAACACAGCUCGUUCGAAUUUUUAUUAAGCGGAUGCGCCAAGGAGAUAUGAAGGUCAGCUUUGGUUUUUUAAAAGGGAUGGUGUAUUUUUUAUUUUUAAAAUGAACAGAGUAUUCAAUUUCGAGUAUAAAAGUAUAAGUACACCAGUUUCCUAAAAUUGACACUCAAUAGGAUAUUUCAAAAAUAAGAAAAAGAUAGAUGUCCGUUCUCCACUUUACGCGCAAUAAAAUUACAAUUUUAUCAAAGCAAAUGUUUGAAAUGAUGGCCAUUAACUUCUAUACACUUCGAUUCCUUUUUUUCGUUGCGACACUUCCGGUUUCUGAAAACAACCGUAUGACUCGAUUUAAAGUUCUGCGGGAUGGUUGACGUCUUUCGGGGUAUCUUUCUCCGUAUAAAUUACAAGCUGCACUAGCGUUUUUAUGCGUUUCGUCAUAAAUGUAAAUCAUGUCAAUCUUCUCGGCAACCGUAUACCGAUCCAUUUUUCAAAAAUAAUAAUCACGAUAAUAGGAGUUCUGAAUGUUACUACUGAGGAAAUUUCUACGACGUGAUGUGAAUACUCUCAAUAACGAUCAUUGAAUAACAUUUGACUACAACUUUGUGUUUUGACCGAUAACUCUUGAUUCGAUUUUCAAAGGUAGCAUGAAGCAUCUAAUGCCUGAAAAAGUUGUUUACAUCACACAAAUCUUAGAGCCAUUGUUUUUCCCGCGUAAAGUAAAAAGUUGAUAUCGAAUCAAAAGUUACCAGUCAAAACACAAAGUUGUAAACGAAUGUUAUUCCUCGAUGUUGUUCGUCGUUAUAUCUUUUUCUUGUUUGUGAAAUAUCCUAUUGAGUGUCAAUUUUAGGAAACUGGUGUACUUAUACGUUUAUAUUCCAAAUAGAAUACUCUUUUCAUUUUCAAAAUAAAAAAUACACCAUCUCAUUUUAAAAACCAAAGCUGACCUUUGUACCUCCAUUACGCAUCCACUUAAUAAAAAUUCGAGCACGCUAUGUUCCGUCCCCGUCAAAACCCUACAGCUCUCGUCUGAAACGUUUUUUGAGAUUUUGUUUCGUUUUCGAAAAAAUCACCCUGGUCACUUUAAAUGCCCCACCCUGUGUAUAUCUAAUAUACGUAAAUGUUUUUCAUUUCAUACUUAAUAUUUUCUUAUCCGCGUCACUCGUGACUCUGAUCAAACCAGUAUUUUUUUCUUUCUUUUUUUUUGUGCCAAUCAAUCAUUUUCCUUGGACAUCAAUUUAUAUUAAAUACUUACUGACACAGUAUUGAUGUACUGUUGGAAGAAAUAAUUCUUAGAGAUAUUCAUAUCAGUUACUACAUUGUCGUAUCGUUAGAAAUAUGUAUUCUAUGAUUUGCAAUUAACGAAUAGAAAAAAAUUUGAAAAAGCAAGAAUAAAAAUACGAAAGAUAUGAAGGAAGAGAAAGGUGCUAUAAGUAUCCAAUUCCAAAUUUAAAGUCCGGUGUUGUUUUUAUAUUUUCAUUUUUGCUUGAAAACUUUAGUUUUCUUUCUUUACUCUUUUUUGCUUUGUACAUUGAACGGUGUGUAAUCGAUACUUGCAAAUGUCCAAGGUAUUAGCGAAUUAUAAUUGUAAAUUCUUUGACAAAUGACUAAGUUUAUGGCAUUAUACUAUACACAUGACAAUUAACAACAUGGCAGUAAUUAUGUUCUUUUUUCACUCAGCAUUUGAAGAUGCGUGAUUGUAGCUCUAGUCCGGGGUGGUUUUAGUUCUAAUUUUACUUGAAUUUUCUUUUUUUGUCGCUAGUAUUGUAUUAUUAGUAUAAUUAUACAUAACUAAAAUUGAAUAACUAGUUUAGGAUUAUCGAAGGCUAUGCUAAAUAUAUAUACCAUAAGAGAAUUCAGUGGACAUAAGUAGUAACAUACGGUUCAAAGGUUUCGGAAUGAAAUAUGAAUUUCAUUCAAGGUCUGAAUAUGAAGGUGAAAAAAAAACAAACAAAGAAAAUAUAACGCAUCUAGCUUUAAGAUUAAUAUUGCUCACCGAUUGCAGAAACUGACCAAUACUAUGCUAUAUUAAAAGAAGUAGAAAAAACGUCGAAAACAUAAAAAAAAAAAAAACAUUAACAGUUUUCUUCAACGUUACUUGAAAUUUUCUGUUGAAAAUGAUAAUUUAAAGACAAACUGUUAAUGCCAGACUGCGGAUUGCGAGCCAAAGUAUUUCAAUGGGAGAACGAAUUUUUUAUACUAAAUUUUACAUCUACUAAUUAAUAUCGUUAUUCUUUUUUUUCUCCCUUAUUUGUCUUCAAUUAUCAAUCGCUCGAAUUUUUUUUUUCUACUUUUCCUUCUCAGAGUUGCCUGAAAUUACACAUUCCAUGACAGAUCAUUAGUUUAUUAUCCUAGAUAAAGGUCUUGAAUGAAGCCGAUUUAAAUUUCACAAUGAUAAAUUAACAUCGGCUGCCAUUAACAAUGGAAUGAAUUGAAACAAUCAAGUUGAGAAUAAAGAUAAAAUGUAAUUAUACGUGACAUUCGAUGUUAUACACAUGGCAGACGGUCGACGGUUAUGAAAAAAAUUCAACGAAUAGCACGGAGUUCGCGUGUAAUGAGUUUUUAUAUAGCAUACAUAAAAAUAACUGAAAGCAAAAAACAAGAAAAUAAAAAACCAAAAAAAUACGUAUAUUAUGCACCAAGUAUUAUACUAAAUACAUAUAAGUAUACCUAAUACAGCAUUUCAUACGGUAUAUUCUGGGUACGUAAUAAGACUCGAUUAAUAAUAAUUAAACUAAUGGUUAAAAAAUAACUACACAAAAUAAAUAAAUACAUAUAAGCCUCCUCAAGGCUUUGAAACUUAAAACUUAAAGUAGCCUAGGUAAUGAUACACAAUACAUACAUACAUACAUACGUAUAUACAUACAUACAUACAUACAUACACACAUAAAUACAUGAUACAUAAUAAACACGAUAAGAAUUUCCAUUUUAUACUUUUGUGCAUUUGAUACAUAUGUGAUUAAUGUGAAUUCAUUUUUCAUACGUUUUUCACGUUAUGCAAAGCGAUGGGAAAAAAAAACUUACAGUUUUUCGGCAUCUGCCAAUGUAUUUAUGAUUAGCAAAAAAAAAAAAACCGUAUCUGCAACGUAAUACGUUUUAUAAUUAUGUAGUGUAUAUAUAUAUAUACAAUAUAUGCAGGCACGUAUAUAUAUACAUAUACUGUGAACAGUAUGUAAUAAUUUAUUAUACACGGUGCUAUGUCCCUCCCUGUGGUAGAUCUUGAUGAUUAACAGUAAGUCACAAAUGAAAAUUAUUAUGUAAUCAAACUUUUCUGCACAUCUAAAAAUUCAUUGUCCAUUUUUUUUCUUGCUGUACUUACGCGAGUGAUAAAUGCACUUAAGUUUACGACUGAAGAAUGAUGAAAAAUCAUUAUUAAAUAAUCAUUUCAUAUGCGAUUUACUGAUGAUAACACGCCGCCAACGGGCACAUAGUAUAUACAUAUGUAACAUCAAAUAUUUGAAAGACCAACAAAGGUGCCAAAAAAACGUCAUUUAACUUUGUAAGAGAGAAAAAGUUAAAACACCAUUGAAAAUUUAACAAACGAAAGAAAAAUCAGCUCAACUUUUAAAAGCCAUUCCAAUCGAUGAUAUUAUUAUACAUAUUUACAAACAGCUUUAUAUUGAGAUUCGCAUUCAGUUGCAUACAUUUCGUUCUUAAGAGAAAAUGUGUUUACAAAAAAAAAAAAAAAAAACCAAAAAAAAAAAAAACCAUAAAGAAGAAAAACUAGCUCGUUAAAUUGUAAAAA